UCUCUCCUCUCCUAGCUAGGCUUUCCUAACUUUCAGAGCCAUGUGCACUCUCUUUACUAAUAUUUAAUAUACUUUAAUAAAUGUUUAGUGCCCCAAAACUUGUGUAGUAGCAUCUGAUUUCCAAGUAACAAAUAUAUGAUAAACCCUAGCUAAUUUUCCCUAAACUUGGGACAGUUAUAGGGCAACCACAUUUAAUUUUACUCGCCAUAUCAGUUUCAGGUCUUUCAAAAGCCAAAUGUCUCUGAGCUAGCUGAACAUUUUCAGCUCAGGGAUCAGAAUGCUAUGAGCUAUUUAGUGCUUUGAGAUUUUUGACAGGGAUCCCACUCUGGGGUCUCCUCAAAGUACUGUGGGAACUUCUCUUUUUGCUAUUUAACCAAAGUUCCUAUCUGCACUCCUGGUUUCAGUACGACAAAUGAUUUUCUCUUCCUUUUGCCAUGCCAGUGUGCCUCCCAUAGGUUGACACACCUUCCACUAUCAUUUCGCCAAGGAAAGAAACCUGCACCCAAUUUCCAUUUGCCUGUUUUUCAUCCUUCUCCUUGGCAACUGGGCCAGGUCACGUCUAUUACCCCAGGGUUCCUCUAACCCUCUCCUGUCUCCAGAGGGAGGAAGAGAAGCAGCCAAUUGCCCCCAGCUCCUCCUGCAUCUUCUCUUUGGCAAGAUUAGUAUCCCCACUAAAAUUUUAUAAUUGGACAUCUCAGAGCUCCUGCCAGUUCUUACCCUGAGCAAACAGAAGUGCAACCAGAAAAGACAUGGAUCAGGGCAAGAAAUGGGCCAGGCCCUGGGUCAGAAAAAAAGGAACCAGGGUGAUCUGACCAGUGAUUCAUACCUCAAGCAACUAACAUGUAUCCCCCUAUCAUGUCUUCCCCACUUUCUCCACAUUUCCACACCCUCACCCUACUUUUUCAAUUAUGCUCUUUCAUUUUUUGCCUCGGGCUCCCCCUUUCUUAUCUCUCCAUCUCCAAAUCUAACCCUCCCCUUUGUUCCCACAGGGCUAUACUCACUGUCACCAUGACAACGACAAUACACCAGCAGCAGAUGGUGAAGGAACAUGUAUCCAUGGAGUUCUCCAGCUCCACUACCAGUGUACAGACAUUCUCGCAGACCACCAAGUCGUGGGAGGCAAAGGAAAUAUCUCGGAAGUCUUCCAGCCACGUGGAAUUCUUUAGUUUGGUUACACGAAGCUCCGAAGUCCCUGCAGGUGAAAGUGUCCCUGAGUUUGUGGAGAAGCCGAGCCCUGUCACUUCACCAGAAGGUGACAAGGCUGUAUUCCGAGCACGAGUGCAGGGAAACCCCAAGCCCAAUGUCUCCUGGAAGAGGGAAAGUGGUCUCCCCAUCAAGGAAAGUGCCAAAAUAUUCUAUGACAGCAUCAACAAGGAGUAUGUACUAAAGCUAGAGCCACUGACCUCUGAUGACUCAGACAACUAUAAAUGCAUUGCAACCAAUGAGCAUGCUGAUGCCAUCUACACUGUGUCCCUAACAGUGACUGAGAGCCAAGAAAAGAUGGAUUUCAAGAAGAUGCUGAAGAAGAGGGCACCCCCUGCUCCCAAGAAGAAGCAGAAGAAGGUGACAGAUGAGAAGGAGAUGCUAGAGAUCUUGUCCAACGUGCCUAAGAAAGACUUUGAGAAGGUCUGCAUGGAAUAUGGCUUCACAGACUUCCGAGGACUGCUCAAAAAGCUCAAGGAGAUGAAAAAGAAGGUGGAGGUGGAGGCCAUCCGGAUCAUAAAGCCCCUGCAAGAUGUGGAGGCCAAAGUGGAUAGCACAGUGACCUUUGACUGCAUUAUGGAACUGAAGGACCCCAACAUAAAGAUGAUAUGGAUCAAGGGAAUGGAGCCUCUGAGGAUCCAGUACUCCCUGGGCAAGUAUGACCUGAAGCAGGUGGGUACCAAGUACAUGCUGAUUAUCACCAAUGUGAACAUGAAUGAUGCCGGUAUCUACACCCUAGCUGUGGGUGACAAGCGACUGAGUGCAGAGCUCAUUGUUGUAGAUGAGCCUCUGAAGUUUGUUGGGGAGAUGAAACCAGUAAAGGUCACAGAGCGCCAGACCGCAGUAUUUGAGAUCCGCCUGUCUAAGAAAGUGCCUGACUUUGUGUGGAAGUUCAAUGGGAAGGAGCUAAAAAGGGAUGACAAAUAUGAGAUCUCUGUAUCAGAAGAUGGGCUGACCCACACGCUCAAGAUCAAGGAUGCAAGGCUCAGUGACAGCGGGGAAUUCUCUGUGGAGGCUGGGGGACUGGUUCAGAAGGCCCCUCUUACCAUUGACCGCAUUCCCAUCAAGUUCGUGAGCACCCUGAAGAAUGUUCGUGUAAAGGAAAGGAGCCGGGCCUGCCUGGAAUGUGAGCUGACAUCUAAGGAUGUUACCUUGAGAUGGAAGAAGGAUGGGAGGCUGCUAGAGCGUGGGGCUAAGUACAGCAUGAGCCAUGAAGGCAAGAGGGCAGAACUACUCAUUGAGGACGCACAGCUCAGUGAUGGAGGCGAGUACACCGUGGUGGCUAUGCAGGAUGGGGACCCCACAGAGUACUACAGCACUGCAUUGCUGUUGUUCUCAGAACGUUGGCCACCCGUGAAGAGUGGGAUGCAGACGUAUAAUGCAGCCACAGGGAGUCCAGCAGAACUGUGUGUGGUGCUGAAUGAUGAGAAAGGUGGAAGAGUCUGGCUGAAGGAUGGCUAAGAGAUCACCGACUUAAGUGGGGUACAGAUUGUGCAGCAGGGAGCAGUCCACAAACUCAUCUUCCCCAACAUGGGCCCAGAACACGAGGGCAAGUACACGUUCCGGGCCAAAGGUGCCGAGAGUGAGGCUUCUGUAUUCAUUGCAGACCCCCCUACGAUUGACCCAUCAGUGCUGGAAGCACUGGCUGCACAUCCUGUUACUGUGAAGGUUGGCCAAACAGCCAACAUCAAGGUUCCAUUCAGGGCCAAGCCACUGCCCAAGGCGACAUGGUACAAGGAUGUAGAGGUGACUGAGGAGGAGCGCCGUGACCAUGGAGCGGGGGAUGAUCAGGCACUGCUGACGAUUUCCAAUUGCGUUCGUGAGGAUAGUGGUGCUGUUCUUCUCAAAGCUCAAAAACGACUAUGGUUCAGCACAGCCACGCUGCACCUCAGUGUGCUUGACCGGCCCAAGCCUCCUCAGGGUCGUGUGGAAUUCCUGGAACUCUCUGGCAACUGUGUUCAUAUGAAGUGGAAGGCCCCCAAAGACAACGGAGGUCGGCAUGACACACUUCUUAUAGAACGAAGGGCAGUUGGGAAGAAAUCUUGGAUUAAGGCUGGAGAGGUCAGCGGUAAAGUGACCAACUUCUCCACCAACAAAGUGGAGGAGGGGAAGGCUUAUCAGUUCCGAAUCCGAGCUGUUAACUCUGAGGGUGUGAGCGACCCACUGGAGACGGAGGAGGUCUUUGCAGGAAACCCCAUUGAGCCUCCUGGCCUGUCCUCUCAGCCACAAGUUUCAGAUGUGACCAAAGAAGCAGUGACCAUCACAUGGAACCCACCAGCCCAAGAUGGUGGAUCCCCAGUAGUUGGCUACAUUGUAGAAAGAAGGAAGAAAGGGAGCAACCUAUGGGUGCCAGUCAACAAGGAUCCCAUCCAGGAUACCAAGUGCAAAGUAGAUGGUCUCCUGGAGGACACUGAAUACGAGUUCCGGGUAAUUGCUGUGAAUCGAGCAGGACAAGGACAGCCAAGCUUGCCCUCUACUUCUGUGGUAGCCAAGGAUCCUGUCAAGCCCCCUGGGCUGGUGCAGGGUUUAUGUGUGGCCGACUCCUCAAACUCCAGCAUCUCCUUGGCCUGGCGGGAGCCUAUAGAGGGGGACCCUCCCUCUGGCUACAUCCUUGAGAUGAGGGCAGAAGAUACAAAGGAAUGGUCUAAGUGUACGAAGAUCCCCAUCUCGGGCACCUGCUACACUGUGGGUGGCCUGACAGAACGGCAGAAAUACUUCUUCCGAAUCCGAGCUGUGAAUGAAGCUGGCGUUGGGGAGCCUGUUGAGCUGGAUGAGGGUGUCCGGGCCAUGCCUCCACCAGCGGCUCCCAGGUUUGAUCUCAGCCGGCUGAAGAGCCACAUGGUGGUACGGGCUGGGACAGCCCUGUGCAUCCAUGCUUCUUUCUACGGCUCCCCUCCACCCACUGUGAUCUGGCAAAAGGAUGGAAUUCCCACCAAGGGCCGAGAAACCAUCACCAAGAGCAAGAACCACUCCCAAUUCCUCAUCAACAGCAGUAAGCGCUCAGACUCAGGGGUUUACCGCAUCCUGCUUCAGAAUGAGUAUGGAGAGGCCCACUAUGACGUCCAUGUUCGUGUGGCAGAUUUCCCUCGGCCACCAACAAACCUGAAGUUGUUUGACGAAGUGCCAAACACAGUGACGCUGGGCUGGGACCAUAGUCCAGAUGUAAAGGAGGAUGGUGAGGCGCACUAUGUCAUCAUGAAGAGGGAUGCCAGCACUGCCACCUGGUUCACGGCUGCCGAUCGAGUCUUUAGCAACAAGUACACAGUCACGGGGCUUCUGCCAGGGAGAAAAUAUUACUUCCGAGUCGUAGCCCGAAAUGAGAUUGGGGACAGUGACCCGCUUGAUUCGAAGGAUACCUGGCUGGUCAACAAGGAUGAGAUUGAAGACCUCAGUGCCAAACUUCGUCCAUAUCAGCACAAGGACUGGCGCCAUGCGCCACGCUUCAUCACACCACUGAAACCCCAUGCUGUGCUCCGAGGACACGACUGCACCAUGAGCUGUGCUUUUCUGGGCAACCCACGUCCUACAGUAACUCUGUAUAAGGGAGAUGUCAACAUCACAGCCAACUCCAAGUUCUGGUAUAACUCCACCAGUGGGGUUUGCACCCUUGUCAUCCCCACCUGCACCCUCAAAGACAGCGGUGACUACAGUGUGCUCAUUGAAAAUGAGCUGGGCAAGGACAAAUCCAGCUGUACAUUGACCGUCUAUGACAAAGAUGACAAAUCGAUGCUGGCCUCUGUGACUGAGUUACAGAAGAAAUCAAAGUAUCUCAUGUGA